UGUGCUCUCUUUCAACAUGGCGGUGCCUUUUGUGGAAGACUGGGACUUAGUUCAGACCCUUGGAGAAGGUGCUUAUGGAGAAGUUCAGCUAGCUGUGAACAGGCGCACUGAAGAAGCAGUUGCAGUAAAAAUCGUUGACAUGAAACGUGCUAUAGAAUGUCCAGACCAGAUUAAGAAGGAGAUCUGCAUUAACAAAAUGCUAAACCAUGAGAACAUUGUGAAGUUCUAUGGGCAUCGGCGAGAAGGCACUAUCCAGUAUCUCUUUCUAGAGUACUGCAGUGGGGGAGAGCUCUUCGACCGAAUAGAACCUGAUAUAGGAAUGCCUGAAUCGGAAGCACAGAAGUUCUUCCACCAGCUUAUAGCUGGUGUGGUCUACCUCCACAGUAUCGGAGUAACACAUCGGGAUAUUAAGCCAGAGAAUCUGUUGCUAGAUGAAAGAGAUAACCUCAAAAUCUCUGAUUUUGGGCUAGCAACUGUGUUUAAGUACAAUGGCCGCGAGCGAUUGCUAAGCAAGAUAUGUGGCACACUGCCGUAUGUCGCCCCAGAAGUCCUUAAAAGAAAAGAAUUCUAUGCUGAGCCCGUUGAUGUUUGGUCUUGUGGAAUAGUCCUCACCGCAAUGUUGGCAGGAGAAUUGCCAUGGGACCAGCCAAGUGACACAUGUCAAGAAUAUUGUGAUUGGAAAGAAAAGAAAACAUAUCUUUCACCAUGGAAGAAGAUUGAUUCAUUGCCACUAGCUUUACUUCUCAAAAUAUUAACUGAGAACCCUGCAUCAAGACUUACUAUUGUGGAUAUAAAAAAGGAUAGGUGGUACAACAAACCCUUAAAGAAAGGCAUAAAGCGCCCUCGGGUCUCCUCAGGAGGACUAUCUGAUUCUCCUGGAGGUUUUUCUAAGCACAUUCGAUCAGAUAUGGACUUCUCUCCAGUUAAAAGUGCACACAGUGAGGAUAAAAAGACGUGUUCCUAUUCCCAGCCUGAGCCGGGCACUGGCCUUUCCUUGUGGGACAGCAGUCCAGCCAGUAUUGACAAGCUAGUGCAAGGGAUCAGCUUCUCCCAACCAGCCUGCCCUGAACACAUGCUUCUGAACAGCCAGUUACUAGGCACACCAAGUUCUUCACAGAACCCAUGGCAGCGCUUAGUGAAGAGAAUGACCCGUUUCUUUUUGAAACUGGAUGCUAGCCAGUCCUACCAUGUCUUGAAGGAGGUUUGUGAAAAGAUGGGCUACAUCUGGAAGAAAAGUUGCAUCAACCAGGUCACCAUAUCAACCACAGAUAGAAGAAACAACAAACUGAUUUUCAAGGCAAACUUGGUGGAAAUGGAUGACAAAAUUCUCGUGGACUUCCGCCUGUCUAAGGGAGAUGGUUUGGAGUUCAAGAGGCAUUUCCUAAAGAUCAAGGGGAAACUCACCGAUGUCGUCAGUGCACAGAAGCUGUGGCUUCCGGUCACAUGAUUGCAUUUUGUUUAGGAGCAGAUUCAUUUUGAUUCAGUGUUUUCUGCUAAGGAACAGUUAUGCCUGCCAUUCCCUAAACUUCAGGCAUUCAGUAGAAGUCUCUCGGUUUUCUGGUGAUAACUCUACAAAUAAAACUACAUAUGGCAAUGGACAAUGACUAUUGUGAAGGUACACAUUUCCAAAGGUUUGCUAGGGUAUCUAUCACUUAGUGAUCAUGAGGGUUGCCAGAGGCUCACCUUUGUUUCACUUUUUGACUCGAGUUCUUUGUGCAAGUCAUUCAAAUCUUUUUGUAAACCAUGUCAUCCAGAGUCCUAUGUUUCCUUCUUUUC